UUCUCUUUAUAAGCCGCAGUGCCCGGAUGUGAAUGGAUUACAAUGUAUCUUUCAGGGAAACCUAUUAUUAUCAAUGUGACUCCUCGGGGGAGUCAAUGAUGGUGUUGAGGAUGAUGAUGAUGAUGAUGAGACGCCUCUAAACUUGGAACAAGUUUAGGACUUUCAAAGAGAAGAAAAAAAAAAAAUACAGCCAACAAGACUGAAGAACAAUUAUAACUAUCCUGUGUUGAUUUUUUUAUAAACAAUAAGAAAAAGUUGUCGGAUUUUUUUUUUAAAUGAUUAAUUUUUUGGGGGAGGGAAUUUUGUUACAGUUUUAAGAUGAAAAAUGCAAAAACCAGAGCCAGGUGAAUAGUCUUGUAAUCUGUGACUAACCCUGGAACAGGACUGACUACUACUUAAAAUACUCUUUUGGGGGAUACACAUGUGAGAUACUAAGUACUUGCAGAAGAUUUUUGUCUCUCUUUUUAAAGUCUCUUUCCUUGGAAUAUUGUGAGCAUAUUUGUGGCCAUUGAAGGUUUGUGUGAUUUUGCUAAAAUGCAUCACCAACAGCGAAUGGCUGCCUUAGGGACGGACAAAGAGCUGAGUGAUUUACUGGAUUUCAGUGCGAUGUUCUCGCCUCCUGUAAGCAGUGGGAAAAAUGGACCAACUUCGUUGGCGAGUGGACAUUUUACUGGCUCAAAUGUAGAAGACAGAAGCAGCUCAGGGUCCUGGGGGAAUGGAGGCCACCCAAGCCCGUCCAGGAACUAUGGAGAUGGGACUCCCUAUGACCACAUGACCAGCAGGGAUCUCGGGUCACACGACAAUCUCUCUCCACCUUUUGUCAAUUCCAGAAUACAAAGUAAAACAGAAAGGGGCUCAUACUCAUCUUAUGGGAGAGAAAACGUGCAGGGUUGCCACCAGCAGAGUCUCCUGGGAGGGGACAUGGAUAUGGGCAAUCCAGGAACCCUUUCGCCCACCAAACCUGGCUCCCAGUACUAUCAGUAUUCUAGCAAUAACGCACGGCGGAGGCCUCUUCACAGUAGUGCCAUGGAGGUGCAGACAAAGAAAGUCCGAAAAGUUCCUCCAGGUUUGCCCUCUUCAGUCUACGCUCCUUCAGCAAGCACUGCCGACUACAAUAGGGACUCUCCAGGCUAUCCUUCCUCCAAACCAGCAGCCAGCACUUUCCCUAGCUCCUUCUUCAUGCAAGAUGGCCAUCACAGCAGUGACCCUUGGAGCUCCUCCAGUGGAAUGAAUCAGCCUGGCUAUGGAGGAAUGCUGGGCAAUUCUUCUCAUAUUCCACAGUCUAGCAGCUACUGCAGCCUGCAUCCACAUGAACGUUUGAGCUAUCCAUCCCACUCCUCCGCAGACAUCAACUCCAGUCUUCCUCCAAUGUCCACGUUCCAUCGUAGUGGCACAAACCAUUACAGCGCCUCUUCCUGCACACCUCCUGCCAACGGGACAGACAGUAUCAUGGCAAACAGAGGAACUGGGGCAGCAGGCAGUUCCCAGACUGGAGACGCUCUGGGGAAAGCCCUGGCUUCGAUCUAUUCUCCAGAUCACACUAACAACAGCUUUUCAUCAAACCCUUCGACUCCCGUUGGCUCCCCUCCUUCGCUCUCAGGCACAGCUGUUUGGUCUAGAAAUGGAGGACAGGCCUCAUCAUCUCCUAAUUAUGAAGGACCCUUGCAUUCUUUGCAAAGCCGAAUCGAAGACCGUUUAGAGAGACUGGACGAUGCAAUUCAUGUCCUGCGGAAUCACGCCGUGGGGCCGUCCACAGCUGUGCCUGGUGGCCAUGGGGACAUGCAUGGGAUCAUGGGAGCCUCUCACAAUGGAGCAAUGGGUGGUCUGGGCUCAGGGUAUGGAACUGGCCUCCUUUCAGCCAACAGACAUUCACUCAUGGUUGGGGCCCACCGUGAAGAUGGCGUAGCUCUGAGAGGUAGCCAUUCUCUCCUGCCAAACCAAGUUCCGGUUCCACAGCUUCCUGUCCAGUCUGCAACUUCCCCUGACUUGAACCCACCCCAAGACCCUUACAGAGGAAUGCCACCAGGUCUCCAGGGCCAGAGCGUGUCUUCUGGCAGCUCUGAGAUCAAAUCCGAUGAUGAGGGCGAUGAGAACCUGCAAGACACAAAAUCUUCGGAGGACAAGAAAUUAGACGAGGACAAGAAGGAUAUCAAAUCAAUUACUAGGUCAAGAUCUAGCAAUAACGACGAUGAGGACCUGACCCCAGAGCAGAAGGCUGAACGCGAGAAGGAGCGGAGGAUGGCCAACAAUGCCCGUGAGCGCCUGCGGGUCCGCGAUAUCAAUGAGGCUUUCAAGGAGCUGGGCCGCAUGGUACAGCUCCACCUCAAGAGUGACAAGCCUCAGACCAAGCUCCUGAUUCUCCACCAGGCCGUGGCCGUCAUCCUCAGCCUGGAGCAGCAAGUGCGAGAAAGGAAUCUGAAUCCGAAAGCUGCCUGUCUGAAAAGAAGGGAGGAAGAGAAGGUGUCCUCAGAGCCUCCCCCACUGUCUUUGGCUGGCCCGCACCCUGGGAUGGGAGAUGCAGCAAAUCACAUGGGCCAGAUGUGAAAGGGUCCAAGAUGCCACCUUGCUUCAUUAAAACAAGAGACCACUUCCUUAACAGCUGUAUUAUCCUAAACCCACAUAAACACUGCUCCUUGACCCCUUUUUUUUUGUAAUAUAAGACAAGUCUGAGUAGUUAUGAAUCGCAGACGCAAGAGGUUUCAGCAUUCCCAAUUAUCAAAAAACAGAAAAACAAACAAAAAAAAUGAAGGAAAGAAAGAAGGAAAGAAAGAAAAAAAAAAGUGCAACUCGAGCGGCGACUUCUUUAACAUAUCAAUCUGAAUGUGCGCAGCGGUAUGUACAGGCUGAGACACAGCCCAGAGACUGAAUGGCAAUCCUUCCACACUGUGGAGCAAUGCAUUUGUGCCUAAACUUUUGGAAAAAAAAAAAAUAUAUAAUUAAUUUGUAAGUCUGAAAAAAAAUAUUUAAUUUAAAAAAAUUGUAAACUCGCAAUAAUGAAAAAGUGUACUUCUGAAGAAAACGACAUGAACGUUUUUGUUGGUAUUCAAGUCAGCUAGUGUUUCUAAUUACGGAUAUCGAGUAGGGGGAGCCCGGCUGCCCUCAAAACAAAACCAGCAAACGUCCUGAUGGCAACGAAAUGACAUUAGCCAUUCCUUAGGGUAGGAGGGACAGAUGGAUGUUAUAGGCCUAUGACAAAUAUAUAUAUAAAUAUAUAUAUAAAUAUAUAUUAAAAAUUUAGUGACUAUGGUAAGCUUUUGUUCAUUUGUUUCAGACUUUUUUCUCCUGUAAAAAAAUAGUACUGAUUAACUUUUUUAAAAGAAAGAUUUUACUGUAAAUAUGGAAUUUUUUUUUUUUUUU